AUGAAUUAAAAGGAGAUUGCCAAAGAAGUCUUAGCUGUUUCAUUGCACAUUGCAGACGCAGAAAAAUUUGACUUUGAAGAUUCUAAAAAGAGAAUGCAACUGUUAACUGAGUCUGUCCUCAAAACAAAUCUAUUGAGGCAAAAACCUAAUAAAAAUUGCAACUAAACUGUUGAUUUAGAGUUUUAAUAAAUUGAUAAUCUAAAAGAUUUGCUACCUCAUUUGGCGGAAUGCAGCAAUUUGCGUGAAUUAAUUUUACAUGGUAAUCGUUUACAUACCUUACCUGAAGAUCUCUCAACUUUGAGCACUGUUGAAACCCUAGAUAUCUCCAAUAAUCUCUUUGAUAAUAUCCUUCCCAUAAUCAAAGCUUUGAAAACUAUGCCAAAAUUAAUACAUCUAUAGAUUGGAUUGAGAAAUGUCAAUGAAGAGAAAUAUGUUAUCCAAUAGCUUCCCAAUCUAAUCACACUUAACAAUAGAAGACUUAAAUUUUUCGAUCAACUUGAUAGCGAGAGACUGUCUGAAAAACAAUCAGCAAGAUCUGAAAAAUCAUGUUAAAGUGAAGUCACUUUCAAUUAAGAAGAUGUGGACAAUGUGGAAAACCUUUUUAAUUAAAUUUGUAAUUUGGAAAAUACUUCCAAUCAAAAAAAAACACAUUCUCCUUAACUGGCUGACCAUGUCAAAGAUGUGAUGACAGAUUUUUAAACAAAAGUUCAACAAACACAUUCCAAACACUUUCUUGAUACCCAUAUUCUUAAAGCCAAAUUUGAUUUAUAUCAGAUCUGUUUCAGAGAAUUAAUUGAUUAUUUUCGUAACAAUAAUAACAAACUAGAAUAAGUCUUAAAGGCUUUGCAAUAGGAACAUUCAAAUAUCUUUAAUGAUUUAACAAAUGUCAUUUACAAUCUAAGAGAUUAUAAAAAAAUAUCAAAAGAAACGCAUGAAAUUGAAUAACUUAUCUAAGAAAGUGAAAUUGUGAAAUCUUAAAAUAAAGAAAUUCAACUUUUUAAAGAAGAGCAUGAUCGUCUAUUAAGUGAAAACAAUAAAAUUUUGUAGUAGAAAGAUUAAUUGUAUGAGCUGCUUCAACCUUUACAACUUCAGGUCAAUACUUUAUAGAAAGAGAUACAAAAAUUGGAAUAAGAGAAAGAAAAUCUCAAUAACAUAAUUUCUUAAUUAGAAUAUUAAUUUGCUUAAUAAUAAUAGCAAUUACAGCAAUCUAAUAGAGAUAGCUCUAAAUAAAUUUAAUCUGCAAACCAAUCCUUUUAAGACAUUUAGUCCUUUUCUAAUUUAUAAACUCAAUAAGUUGUAAUGCUUGUUAAAGCAACUUAGACUGAAAAUCAACAAUUGCUCGAAAAGGAAAGCCAAACAUUUAACGAAGAGGAAAAUGCUAUUUUAACUAAAUCCAUAGACAUGUAGUCAUUUCAAUAAGAAUCUGAAGAUAAAUCUUAAAAUGAUUAACAAUAAGAAAACAAAAAAUACUUAGAAACUAUAGUUAGAAGUUCAAAAGUCGAAAAAUCUUCCAAUAUUAUGUCUGAAAUCAGUUACAAAUAGACUGAAAGCCCCAGUUUCGUUGAGAGGAGGAGAUAAAAAGCUUUAUCAGAUUUCCAUCUUUUAGUUUAGCCUUAAUCAUUUAGACCAUUAACUCUAAAAUAACUCAAAGAGAUCAUUUAGGACAUUUAUGAGAGCAAAUAAAAACAUGAUAUUCGACAAUACGAGAACAGAUUGCCUCUAGAAACUAUCGAAUAGCAUAUGUACACUUACCUGUAUUAUAAAUAUGGAUUAAGAAACUUAGCUUUAGAAUGGGUUGCUUGCAUAAUUAAUGCAAUAUAGAGAUAUGUUACUGAAGACAAUGAUGUUGCUGUAUUUGGAUUAAUGCUUAAAAAUAAUUUAGAUGAAGAUUUUAGAUUACUGCAAUCUACACGUAAAUAAAAAAUUGAGCAUAUACUCUAUAUCAUUUUGUAGGCUAAAUAUAAGACAAAGCCAGUCGCAGAAAUUAAGGAGAUGGUUAAACAAAAAGUGGCAGGAUAUAUAACUCACCAAGAAGUGGUGGAUAUUUUGAAAAGCUUUCUUGAGGAGGAGGAAAAAGAUACUAUACUAAAUCUAUUAAAGAUGCAUUAAAUUAAAACUGCCAUCAGUGUAAGUCCAAUUAGAAAAGUCAAUUAAAUAGAAUAACAAAGUAGACCAAGUGCUUAAAAAGAACCAAUUAAAUAUGAAUUUUCUGUCUUUAUAAAGAUUCUUCUUGAAUUCUUUAUGAAUCUCUAUCAAUAAUAUUUAGCAAAUUUAUAUGUAGUAUUUGAGUCGGUUGAUCAUGAUAAAGAUGGAAUUAUCAAUCAAUAAUAAUUUUUUAAAUUGACUGAAAGCAUAAAGCCUAAUUUGAAGAAUGAAGAAUGCACUCAAAUUUAUGAAACAUUAGAUCCAUUUUAAAAUGACUAAAUAACAUUUUCAUAAAUUGUUAGAGUGUUCAAAAAUCUUUAAUUGUAAAAUAAAAAUGUAGAUCUAAUACAAUAGAUAUCUGUAGUUUGA